UCUCACAAUACAUAGGAACAUGAGGAGACACUAGUGAGAAACAAAGAUACAAAGAAAGGAAGAGAUAUAGAGAAGAGACUUGAAGAAGCCUUCUCUUUAUCUUCUUCUUCUUCUUCUUCUUCUCUUAAAUUUGAAGAAGGUGAUGAUCUUGAGACAAUGCCUUCCUCUCCUUCUCUUCCCUCAGAGAAGAAGCAUUGGUGGCUAAGCAACAAAAAGGUGGUGGAGAAAUAUCUUAGAGAUGCUAGAGUAUUGAUAGCGUCACAGCAGACGGCGGAUGUCACGGCGGCGCUAGGACUGAUAGAGGCGGCGUUGGUGUUGGCGCCGAGGUUGGAGACGACGUUAGAGCUAAAGGCGAGAUCUUUGCUCUUUCUUCGCCGUUUCCGUGAUGUUGCUGAUAUGCUUCAGGACUACAUUCCUAGCUUCCGAGCCGCCGGAGAUGAUGAUUCCGGCACCUCCCUCUCCGGCGCCGGCUCGGCGGAGCAACUCCUCCCUAGAGAACGAGCCAAGUUGCUCUCCUCCGGCGAGGAGAGAUCCGACGGUGAGCGUUCAUUUAGAUGCUUCUCUGUUGCUGAUCUCAAGAAGAAGGUUAUGGCAGGGUUGUGUAAAAACAGUGAAAAAGAAGGGCAAUGGAGGUACUUAGUUUUAGGCCAAGCUUGCAGUCAUUUGGGGCUAAUGGAGGAUGCAAUUGCUCUACUUCAAACCGGCCGGCGACUUGCCACGGCAGCAUUCCGGCGAGAGAGCGUAUGCUGGUCCGAAGACAGCUUUUCGUUCACCGAUAACCCUUCGAUCCCUCCGCCGCCAUCCUUACCGUCUUCCGAGUCUGAGGCCGCAUCUCACCUUGUUUCCCAUAUAAAAUUCCUUCUUCGUCGUCGCGCCGCAGCAAUUGCAGCCCUUGAUGCCAAUCUUCCAAAUGAAUCUGUCCGACAUUUUUCGAAAAUCCUCGAUGGCCGGCGAUCGGUCCCGCAAGCAUUCGCUGCCUAUUGCUUCGUCGGCCGGGCAUCGGCCUAUCGCGCUGCAGGGCGAUUAGCUGAGGCAAUAGCCGAUUGUAACCGUGCGCUCGCAUUGGAUCCUGCAUCAAUUCCGGCCCUUCGUGAGCGUGCGGACUUGCUUGAGGCUGUUCGCUCGCACGCUGAUUGUCUACAUGAUCUCGAUCAUCUAAAAUUGUUGUAUGACUCAAUUUUGAGAGAUCAGAAGCUCCCCGGCCCGGCUUGGAAGCCGCAUUAUGACGUUCGGUACCGUGACAUUCCGAGCAAUCUAAGGACAUUGACAGCAAGAAUUCAGCUGCUUCGGUUACGGGUUGCGGCCGGAGAAGGUAGUAAUGUGGAUUACUACGCAUUAAUUGGAGUUCGUCGAGGAUGUUCUAGGUCAGAAUUGGAGCGAGCGCAUCGACUGCUUUCGCUUAAGCACCGGCCAGAUAAGGCCGGAGGGUUUGUAGACCGAUUGGAGUUUGUGGAAGAACAUAGAGAGCUUGAUGAAAUCAGGGAUCAGGCGAGGAUGUCGGCAUUGUUGUUGUAUAGAUUGCUUCAAAAGGGGUAUUCGAGUAUAAUGGCGACCGUGAUGGAGGAGGAGAUGGCAGAGAAAAUGCGGGUAAGGGAGGCGGCUGCGGUGGUGGCGGCAAUGAAAGUUAGUGUGGCGGCGGAAAAGGUGGUGCAGGAAGAGAAGGCGAAAACUACGACAAUGACUCCGGCGUCGGCACCGGUGUAUCAAGGGGUGUUUUGCCGGGAUAUGGCGGCGGUGGGGAGUUUGUUGGCUCAGGUGGGAUUCAACAGGGCAAUUCCGGUGAAGUAUGAGGCGCUCAGUUGUUGAGGAGGGAAUGGAAGUUUAAAUGUGGAGGGAAAGGGUGGAAGGUUUCAAUUAUUUGAAUUUUUUUUUUUAAUAUAUUUUGGAGGGAUGGUUGUAUGUACAGUGUUGGGUGGUUUUGAGGGGGGAGUUUUGUUCUAAGUCUUUCUUUUUUAGUUGUUUUUUUUUCCUUUUUUAUUAGUACUUGUCCUUUUAUAAUUUGGCUUAUGUUUAUUACUU